AUGUCAACUAAGGGCAAGGAGACGGCAGCCGGCCAAGAUCCCGCGCCCACGAAUCUCCGGGGCAUCCCCUUUGCGCCAUUUGUCGACAAGGUCGAAGACUAUGUUUCGUCCAGGAAUGAGGUCGAAGCGACCUUGCGAAGCUUCCAGGAAAUGAUAUCCAAAUAUCAGUUUAUGGAGUUGAAUUUGCAACGGCGAAUUGCUGGGCUGAAUGACAAAAUGCCCGAUAUCCAGAAGACCCUGGAGACAGUUCGAUUCCUCAAGACAAGAACGGACGACUCAGACCCGAUCGAGACGACGUUCGAACUCAACGAUACCCUGUUUGCCAAAGCAUCUAUACCGCCGACGGAUGAAGUGUAUCUAUGGCUAGGGGCCAACGUGAUGCUUUCAUAUCCCAUCGACGAAGCUGAGACGCUUCUGACAUCCAAGCUCUCAGCUGCAAAGCAGAGCCAUGCCAACUGUGAGGAGGACCUGGAUUUUCUGAGAGAACAGAUCACAACCAUGGAGGUUGCAAUAGCACGAGUGUACAAUUGGGAUGUUGUCCAGAAGCGCAAGGAGAAAGCCGACGACGAUAGUAAAGAGAAGGAGACUAAAGCCGGUGGUGACCAGCCGGAUGGGUGA